UUCGAGGCGUCGGCGUCGCGGCGAAAUUUCCAGGAAGCCAAGUCGUUUCGCGCCUUUCGUAACUGCGCACGUGUGACGCCGAUCUCACCGCGAGGCGUCGCGCGGCAGUUUUAGCGACGCACACCGACGCACACAUCCGGCGUGCGACUUAUCGUAGAAUUUAGAUUGGAUUAGUACCGAGUACAACGGAGCAGAGCGGAGUCAGCGGAGUGGGAGGUCCAGUCCAGUUUGUCCAGUGCCAGACUGUCCGGCCCUGACGCGAGACGUCAAUCGAUCCACGUUGUGUCGUUUCGUACAUGGUAUACGUCGCGUGAUUUCAUGAUGUAGCACCAGGCGAGUGAUUCCCGGAGAGUAGGAAGAAAGAUCGUCGCAGCUGACUCGGUAUCACCAUGAAUGCUAGGACACAGCUGUUCGAAUUGAGCAUGGAGGGACGUCAGGUGGACGAAGCAGUGGCAAGUAUAUUCCACAGCGUGCUAUUUCAUCGGAGCCUUGGCAAAUUCAAGUACAAACAGGAAGGCAGCUACUCGGUGGGCACUGUAGGAUACCAAGACGUGGACUGCGACUUCAUUGAUUUCACUUACGUCUGCUGCUCGUCGGUGCACCUCGAUCAGACGCUGAAGCGUGAGAUAUCGGGUUUCUCGGAGGCGCUGCGCUCCACCGACAGUCCAGGUUCUGGUCAGAUAUCCCUAGAAUUCUUCCAGAGGAAAAAGAGUCGCUGGCCGUUUCAACCGGAAUGCAUACCAUGGGAAGUGUGGACUGUGCGCCUUGAACUUAUCAAAUUGGCCACCGAGCACGAACGGCAGAUAUGUCGGGAAAAGGUGGGCGAUCUGCUGACCGACAAGAUCCUUUACAUCACCGAGGUCAUGAAUCGGCACGAUUACAUUCCAAAAGUGCCAAGUCAGGCCGAAUUGGAUCUGAUCUUCGAUACCUCGUACCCGGACAUACAACCGUAUCUCUUCAAAUUGUCUUUCACGACUUCUAGUCCGUCGACCACUACGAUGGGCAACACUAUGAAGAAAUUGAUUAGAGAGACGCUAUCCAUUUAGUCGUUAUAAUGUAUAGUGUAAACUCUUCACGUUAGUUGCAUUCGUUUAGCUUGUCAGAGUCAUCAAAACGCAAAAUCUUAUACUUUCCUUUUUUCAUCUAUAAUGCACAAAUUUCUGCAUUGCACCAAACAAUUUUUCGUAUCCACAAUGACUCUAACCUGCCACCGUAGCUAUUAAUAUGAGUUCCAAGAAAAAUACUAAAUUUGCAUUAUAAAGAAAGCAGAAUGGUUUCGAAUCUUCGACCACUCGUUCCCGGCGGAAAUUACCAAAGGUACUCGGAGAGUACUUUGCCUACGUGGUAGACUCCGCUGGAUUUUGUAAGCUCCGUAAUAGUAGUAUCUCUUAUAACGAAAAUAAUAUUUCGUAUACAUUGCAGGGACUUCCACUGCUCUGUAUCUCUAAUGUCUCUAUAUAGUACAAAUGAAACACAACACUGUGACACUUGCUUCUUUUGUACUUUACUAUGAACGUCCGUCGCAUAAUUUUAGCAGGAUCACAUUUAGUCACGUUUUAUACAAUAAUAUUUUAUCUCCUAACUCUCACCACUUAAACCUCCACAGAUGAUCGCUGUGGCAGAACGACAUUAUGUUCCUCUUCUCGCUUCUCAUCCUUUUCAAAUGCUGUGUAUAUCGUAGAAUAGAUACAAACGUAAUUUCCUUUAGUAGACAAAGAAUUUUCAUGCGUCACACAGAGAAGAUAAUUUGAUUUUAGAGUAAGAAUACAGAGAUUUCGAGUCUAUAGAAGAGCAGGAUGUCUUCAGAUUCUUUAAUGUCUAGUAGAAUCUUUGAGAAUACUGAAUCUUAAAGAUAACUCGUAACUUGCUCCUUGAUAAACUCCUCCGACUA